CCUUACUCGUCUUGUAGAAGCAAUCAUCCCCCAAUCCCCUAAACCCUAGCACCCCUUUUUCGCCGUUUAACAAUGGCGGAAGCCUUCCCGGUAAAGCCCAAGCUCCGCCCCACCUCCAGCAAACUCACUCCCACGCCGGAGGCCAAGUACUGGAGAUCAUUCAAAAUCCCUAAAGAUAUCGAAACCACACCGUCCAAAUCCUUCACUUUCCCGAUUAAUUCCAUCGCAUUUUCGCCAGUAGCCCCUCACGAUUUCGUUGCCACGCAUUCCGCCAGCGUCUCCAUCUUCUCCGGAAAAACGCUAGAGCCUAAACCCACAAUCUCCUCUUUCUCCGACACCGCCGCCGCCGUAUCCUUCCGUUGCGACGGGAAGCUCCUCGCCGCCGGAGACUUGACCGGCACCGUCCACGUGUUCGACGCUAAUUCCCGCAGCCAUCUCCGCCGUCUGAAGGGCCACGCCGCCGCUGUCCGGUCUGUAAGUUACCCUCGCGCCGCUGAUAAACUCCAUCUCUUCUCAGGCGGAGAUGAUUCCGUUGUUAAGUAUUGGGAUGUUACGACUGAGAAAUGCGUGUUUAAUCUCUUAGGCCACAAGGAUUAUGUGCGGUGCGGCGAUGCUUCGCCUAUUAGUGAUGAAAUGUUCGUUUCUGGAUCGUACGAUCAUAGGGUUAGGGUUUGGGAUGUGAGAGUGUCGAAUGUGAGCUCUGUGAUGGAAUUGAAUCACGAGAAGCCUGUGGAGAGCGUGCUGUACCUUCCCUCUGGUGGCCUAAUCGCCACAGCGGGUGGUAAUUUUGUUAAGAUAUGGGAUGUGAUUGGUGGUGGGAAGUUGCUGUAUUCGAUGGAGAGCCAUAUCAAGACGGUGACUGCACUUUGUAUGGGUAAGGUUGCACGAGGGAGUGGAGAGGAGGCCGAGGAGAAUAGGAUCUUGAGUGUUGCAUUGGAUGGAUAUAUGAAGGUGUUUGAUUAUGCAAAGUUGAAGAUCACCCAUUCCUUGAGGUUCCCGGAGCCACUUCUGUCUGUAGGAUUUUCGCCUGAUUGCUCGACUCGUGUUAUAGGGACAUCCAAAGGGAAUUUGUAUAUCGGUAGAAGGAAGGCGAAGGUGGAGAGUGAGGAAGUGGUUGGUGGUAUGCAGUGGAAAAUUGUGGAAGAUGAUCCUGGCAGGAAGGUUCUAAGGCCUUCGUAUUUUAAGUACUUCCAGCGAGGGCAAAACUUGAAGCCCUCGGAAGGGGAUUACUUGAUUAAAAGGCGUAAGAAAGUGAAGAUGGCUGAGUUUGAUAAGCUCUUGAAGAAGUUUAGGCACAGGGAGGCGCUGGUGGCUGCUUUGAAUCGGAGAAAUCCAGAGAGUGUUGUGGCUGUGAUGGAGGAGUUGGUGGCGCGUAAGAAGUUGAUGAAAUGUGUGUCCAAUUUGGACACGGAGGAGCUGGCGUUGCUGUUGGCGUUUCUACAGAAGUACUCGACCAUGCCAAGAUACGCAGGGCUGCUGACAAGGCUGGCGAAUAAGGUUGUUGAGUUGAGAGCCGAGGAUAUAAAAUCUUCGGAUCAACUAAGAAGUUAUAUUAGAAAUCUGAAGAGGGAUGUUGAAGAAGAGAUCAGAAUACAACAAUCUUUGCUAGAAAUACAGGGCAUUAUUUCACCGAUGCUGAGGAUUGCUGCUAGAAGCUGAAGUUAGUGAGAUUAUGUGUUUUUUAUAGGAUUGAUCUCUGUUCUAUUGUUGUCUAAGGCCAAUUUUUUUGUUGACAUAGAAUCAUUUUUGGUUCACAUAGGUUGCAAUGAAAACUGCUUCAUCUUUCUGUUUAUUUGAUAAGAGAAAACUAGUUGCAUGUUUCAUCAGAACUCGUUGCCAAAAAAAUAGUCCACUUUUGUCAUUUUGGUCAGCACUAGCCAAAAUUAGUCCAUUUUUAUUUUUACCAAGUUUCUUUUUUCUAAUAAAUUGAGUUUUGUGCUCCCCUAUUAAUAUUGGUAUUAAUAAAUUGAGUUUUGUUCUCCACUAUUAAAUUAGCCCAUUUUCACUUUUUGAGUCUUUUUUAUCAUGUAAAUCAAGUUUAAUCAUCUAAUAUCAGGUUUUAAUCGUGUAAUAUUGAGUUUGAGUCGUUAUCGUAUAUGGUCUCGUUAAGGGGUUUGGGUCGACAGCUUCCUUAACAGAUCAGGUUAGGCCUUAUUUGGGUUGGGUCCUUAUUAGAUUGAUCCGAUAAUGAGCCAUUUUUCAGAGAUAGUGAGCCCUUUUCAGAGACAGUGGUCGGCGAAACUCCACCUUCGGAGAUGGUGGUCAACAAGAUGGUUUUAGUGGGAUCCUUCCCGGAGACAUUCGUAGCCAGAAACCCCACCGUUUGAUGCCAAGAUGGCUCCAAAACCUCACCAUUUACUGUGAAAUCAGUUCUAACUGAAUUGGGGGUAAAUCAAACGCGACGAAGAAUGUUAGGUUGGAGAAGCCCUUUUUGAAAACGAUGGUCAGCGAGACUUCACCUUGGGAGAUGGUGGCAGGCGAGAGUUUCAGAGGAGUCCUUCAUGGAGAAAUUUGUCGCCAAAACCCCACCUUUGAUUUUGGAUAUGGAGCCUUGCCUCCAAACCCAACGUAGCGUGAAAUCAGUUGUCUCUGAAUUGAAGGUUAGAUCGAAGUCGAUGAAGAUUUGAUAUAAGAGUUGUUUAAUUUCUGAAAUUUGUGUAUGAACAGUUAUUGCCUUGAAAGUGUGUGAUGCUUGUGGUGAUUAUCUAUGUGAUAGUUAUUGCUCUUCUUCCCAAUGUUGAUGGUGAUAUUUCAUAAAGCCACGCCACCCUUACUUUGUUAGGUUUGGAGGCUUCAUGAAAUCUUGAUCCUUAAAUCCCUAUUAUGUACUCUUGCUUGAUCUUUGUAGUGGUUAUUGCUGCAUCUAUGUGAUGGUUAUUGUUGCUCUCCCAA